AGGCAUGAGCAAAGAAGACCUUGUCUCCGAGCCUUGCUCGACCGUCUCUGUUGAACAGGACCAAACUCCACUCCCUCCCAGGCCAGCUCCCCUGGAAACAUCAGAAGCAACAGAUAGGCACGUCAUUGGAUACAAUUGGCGAAGCCUUCCCAUACAGGACAUCGUCAUAGGUUGAGCCGUGUUUUCUCCCCCCAACAGGACAUCUUCUUCGCCCUGGGAUAUUGCUCUCCUGUCUUAACCACACCCACGUUGCACGAGUCGUCCUCGAUUUCCCGUUUCCUCACGGUAGAUUCGCCGUUAAUCAUCAUAAGAAAGCGUGCUCGUUGCUCAGAAACGCUUAUUGCAAGACCCCCCGUAGCCCUGGCUCACCUAGGGAAAUGCUGGAUCGGUAGCGCGCAACCCAGCAGACUGUAGAUCCUGACGUCACAAAUUCUUCGCCGUCAGAUCGUCCUCCCCUAGUAGUCGUGCGACGGUAUCGGGUUCUCCCACUCCCAUGGCAGUCCAGCGAAGCGUGACGGCGAACUCUCUCGCGGAGAGGCGGCGCAAUCAUGUCGGAAGCAUCCCUCCGCUCGCCGUCCCCCAGCCGUGCGGAUGGGACGAGCCCACUUCCGACAAGAGUCGCGUUCUCACAGGAUCCGCGUCAUCCCAUGGCUGCCCGCCGUACCGAUUCGCCGAUUCUUCCACCACCCAGCGAAAAUCGCCAGCUUUUCGCGAAUCGCCUGUCCAUCGCGUGUUACCAGUUCUUCGAGAUUCCGCAGCCGGUCCCGAGUUUCCACCUCUUCGUGAAACUCCGGCUUUUGGCCUGAGUAGCAGCGGCAGCGGCAGCAGCAGUCAUUUGACCGGCUCCUGUGCGCCCCCGCUUCCUUGGAAUCUCUCCGCGCUCGUCAGCCCGCGUCUUCCUCCCCCCACGUGGCACAGCUCCCGCGCAUUCUCAUCCGGCCCGCUUACGCAGUUGGAAACUCCGCGCGGCGACGGCGCAGGUGGAGCUGGCGCAGCGGCGCACGUUCUCCCGAUGUGGCCCCCGGCAUACCCGCAAGGCGUCCACCCGCGCCCACAACUCCACCCGCGCGCGCAACAGCAGGCGCGUUCGCAGCCGCAGCAGCACGCGCAACAAGCGCGCGCGCUACCUCCGCCGAUGACGGUGGAGGAGCUGAUGGCCCAGCGGUUCCUGGCGGGGAAAGCGGGAGCGGAAGCCGCAGUGGCGGAGUCUCUCGCGCAACAUCACCAACUGCGCAGUACCCGCACAGACCACCCAAGUCCCCGCGGGGGGGAACUGAUAGGGGCUCCCGCCGGAGCGCCUGGGGAGAGGACACGCGGGGAUCAUCGCAUCCCGUGCGCCGUUUACCCGCCGGGGAAAUCCGCGGAAUGUCGAACUUACGGGGAGAGUAGAGCCCACGUGGAUCCCCGCCGGCGGCUGCAGCGGCACCAGACGUGGACUUGCGCGGAAGACCGCCGCGCGAGGGCGAGCGGAUGGCGGAAUGCGGCGGAUUUCAGAGGGGGGAACGGAAACGCUGCGGAGUCCAGGGGAAGGAGCGGAAACGCGGCGGAGCAGAGGGGCAGGCGGGGGGGAAACGCGCGGGAGUGGGCGCGCAGGGAGUUGGAGGUGGACACGGUGUCGGCGCUGCGAAGCAGCAUCGCGACGAGCAGCUGGGAAGCCUAUCGAUGUGCGGCAGAACCACGUGAAACGCCAUGCUCGGGAAACGCCCCCGCCUCAAUCAACUAAUGAGUGCACGGUUGUUCACCCUCUCGCCAAUCCUCUUCCACAGAGGUGGAAGCGCGGUGCCGGCAGCUGUCCCACGCCAACGUGGACAUCACCGCAAUGGACCUCACUCACCUGCCGCCUUGUCUCCCUUCCUCUCCUUCGCCUCACACUUCCCCCCCUACCUACCCCCUUCCGUCUCUGCCCUUCCUUCUCCUCCCCGCCCUCUCCCCCAUGCAGAGGUGGAAGCGCGGUGUCGGCAGCUGUCCCACGCCAACGUGGACAUCACCGCAAUGGACCUCACUCAUCUGCCGCCCUCCCCAGCUGCUCUCCCCUUACGCCCGCCGGCGCUCUUCUCCCCCUCCGCUGCCUCCGCUGCUGCCUCGGCCGCUGCGUCCGUCUUCAGGUCCGUCUCCAAAGCUGCUUCACUCCCCAUCACGUCUCCUCGCUCCUAUAAGGCUGCAGACUUGCCCCUGCCGAGCCCUAUGGGUGCACUUAGUCUGCCGAGCCCUAGGGGUGUCCUGAGUCUCAUCUCUCCAAGAUCUACGCGUUCGACGCAUUGCCGGCAACCCCAGCAGGGGGAGGAUCAGCCGUGGGAGCAGCAGCAGCAGAAGCAGCAGGGUGAGGAGCAGCAGCGACAGGGGGAGCAAGAGUAUGAGGCGCAGCAGCGACAGGGGCGGCAAACGGGUCAAGAGCCGAGGCGGGAUAAGGAGGGGAGACACAGGGAGCAGCCACACGAUCGACGCUUGGAGGAGGAGGAGGAGGAGGAGGAGGAGGAAGAGGAGGUGCGGGAGGAGAAGAAGCAGCAGCAGGCGUCACAAGGGGAGAAGCAGCGAGGGGAGAAGCAGCGAGGGGAGAAGGAACAGCAGGGUGGCUCAAGCCCCCCCUUUGGCUGCCCGUCCUCUUGCCUGCCAUCCCUGCCCACCAGCCCCUGCUCCCUGCUCGCCCUCACCCCCCUCCGGAGAAGCACCAGUGGGGGCAGGGCGGAACGACAGGCAGGCGAGCCAAUGACGAAGACAAGAGAGGCAAAGGAGGCAAAGGAGGCGAAGGGCAAGUUACAUGCGAAGGGGAAUCAGACUGCUAGGAUGACAGAGGGGGGCGGAAGAGAGGGACAUGGGGGAGAAGCGGUCGAAGGAAGGGUGACGCGCCGUGGGAUGGGGCAGCUGGGAAGCAGGAAGGCUUGCGAAGGCCUGUGUGGUAACUGUUACAAGGGUAACUGCCCGAGUAGUAGCAGUAGCAGGAGUGGGAGGAGGAAUAGGGCAGAGGUGACGAGCUGGAGUGGGGAGAUUGGCGUAUGGGGCCGCAUCAAAGAGAGCAGCUUACGGUCUGGUAAUCUGGACCUCGCUAUAAGCAGACUCAGGGAUUUCGCUUUUGCACACGGGUACUGUAACGAGGGAGUGAAGGAGGAGAACGGUGACAGUAUGGGGGCAUCACGUGGGGGCGCUGCUGUGGCAAUGCACAGCCACAGUGCUGGCAGUGGGAGCAGCAGCGGCAACAGAGUCAGUGGCAGCGGCAACAGAGGCAGUGGCAGCAACGUGAGCAGUGGGAGACUGGAGGGCCGAGACAUUGACAUGGGCUUGGGAGGCAUGGGAGGCAUGGGAGGCAUGGGGUCCGUGGGGUCUUUUGGCUCGCUAGAGUCUGCCUCGGUAAGAGUAGCAGACGAGAGUGUGGUACAGAAUGUUUCAGCUGCGGAGCAGUCGGAUGGAGGGGGAACGGGGGAUGCUGUCAUCCCUGUCACAGGUUGCAAUGGGCGAGCUUGCCGGAAUGGUGGCAUGGAUGGCAGUGGAGGAGAGGGAAGGAGAUGUAUGGAAGGAAGGCCAGAGGAGGACGGUGAGGAGGAGGAGGAGCAGGAGGGGGUACGGCGUGCUCUGUCCUUUACUGGGCGGACCCUCCAGCGGAAUGGGGCUCGUGGCGGUGCAGCAACACAGGAUCGCCUCACCUCCACCUGCUCCUCCUCCUCCGCCUCUGGCCAGCUCACCACUACCACGUCAUCGUCCUUGUCGUUCCGCCAGCUCAGCAUCCCACCACUCGGCCUCUUCUCACCGGCAUCCUCCAUCCCCACGGGUCCUGAUGAUCCCGAGGACACCGCUGUUGCUGAUCACACCUGCCAUGACUAUCAAGACUACCCCGACUACCUCGACCCGCCUCUCUCGGUUCGCUCUACCCGCUCCCUGCCGUCCCCCCACUCGCUGACCGCGGCUGCUGGUGGCUUCUCUAGGCAUCAGAGCACGUCACGAGCCACCGCACCUCGCCCCCCUCCUCCUGGCGCUGCUGCUGCCACUGCCACUGCGGCUGGCAGCUCUGUCGGCGCUACAAGUGGCCUCGCAUCCUCUUGCUCGCUUGGUGCUAACGGCACUCAUGCUGCUGCUGCUGCUGCUGCCGCUGCUGCUGUGGCUACCGCUGCAUCUCAGGGAACAGGCAUAGGUGGCUGUGGUGGUUAUGGUGGCCGUGGUGUAGGGCUGAGCAGGCCUGUGUUGCGCCCCACUGACAGUAUCUCAGCGCUGAUUGCAGCAACUAGAAGCGGCCCCAUCUUCUCAGGCCUUACAGCGGAUUCCGAUGCGCCUUAUAUGGAGGAUGAGGGUGGGCCAGUGGGAGGGUGGCGAGGCCUACCACCGUCCAUGAGGCCGGCGUCUCUCAGUGGAGAGCUCGUUUACUGGGGAGGCUUAUAUGGAGGAUAUCCACCGCAUUUUGGAAGGGAAUGCGCACCCAGCCACCCUCCCAGCACCUCUUAUCGUACAGAUAUGGGCUAUGGGCAUGGACUGAGCUGUGUCGAUGAUGGUGAUGAGAGGGGAGACGGGUGGGACGGGAGUGCUGCGCCCAGUGGUGAAGCGGAUAUAUCGGGGGGCGAUAUGUGGGCGUUUGCGGACGCACUGCCCUCGCCUGGAGCACGAUCCUCCACGAGUGUAGGGUCGUCGUUGAGUGUGCGGUCUUCAUUGAGCAUUCGCUCUGCGGUUGGGCCAGGGUCGGUUGUCGGGACACGCUCGCAGAUUGGUGCUUUGAUGCGACGUAUCAAGUCGCAUACAACGUUAAGGAGACCGACAUCUCAGCUAACAUAGGAAGAGCCUCUUUAUAUUCCGAAUAUGUGCUACUUUGAUGUUUGAUUGCGCUUUGUUUUCUGUUUCAAGGGUAUUGUGCCGUGUUAUU